AUUGCGUUGGCAGCUCUAUUGGAUUUCUAUCCGGAGACAUCCCUGGAACCCAUACCAAUAUGGCUUAGCCGCACAAAAACUGUAACGGGCAAGUUUCACUGUUUUUACUGUCUGCGCAAGUUGUCAGGAGUGUUACAUGUAACUCAAUGUUGUAAACAGUAAUCGCCGGUCAAUAGGCCUAAUGGUUAAAGACGAAGCGCCGUGUUAUUGCAAAAUAUGCUUGGUGGGUGGGUCUUAAAUGCCAGCGCCAAUGAAACGAAUAGAAUGAGUGCUGUAUAACAGACGGGGACGUUUCAUUAUUUAUUUUUUAUAUAUAAUAUCCAUUUAUCACUGUUGUGCGCAAGGGAGGUGGAACUAGAGGGAACUAACUGUCCUUGUUCGUUCUAUUUGACUGGCGUAAUCAUAUCUUGCUGUAGACAACCACACGCGAGGUUGUUCCUCAACACAUCGUUCAGAAUGGCUGGGCUGGUGAGUAGCAGAGGGUGUCACAAAAUCAGGAGUUCCCAAAUAAGAGAGCUUCUCGAUUCCAAGCUCAACGUCCUUUUUGAUUGCGACGGAGUCAUCUGGAAUGGCGAAACGGUAGUGGCAGGCGCGCCAGAAGUGGUGACACUACUGAAACAACAAGGCAAAAAGGUAUUUUUCAUCACCAACAACUGUACUAGGCCCAGAGCGAGCUACGUGACGAAGUUUAUCCGGUUGGGCUUCACUGAUGUCGCAGAGGAGGAGAUCUUCAGCUCGGCGUACUGCUCUGCGGCUUACCUGCGAGACGUGGCGAAGUUGCAGGGCAAGGUGUAUGUCAUAGGGUGCCAGGGCGUUGUGAAGGAGCUACGGGAUGCUGGGGUUCCCAUAGUGGAGGAGGACACUGACGCACCUACUGGGACCAUUUACGACUACCCGUUGGACCCAGACGUGAAGGCAGUGCUGGUGGGAUAUGACGAGAAAUUUGAUUUCAUAAAACUGGCCAAAGCCUGCUGCUACUUACAGAAUACUGAGUGCCUGUUUCUGGCCACUGACCCUGACCCUUGGCACCCACUGCGAGGAGGCAGAAUAACACCAGGUUCGGGAAGCCUCACGGCCGCUGUGGAGACGGCCAGCAGCAGGAAAGCCAUGGUGAUCGGGAAGCCCAGCUGCUUCAUGUUCGAGUGCAUUGCCAGCCAGUUCAACCUGGACCCCGGCCAGUCCCUCAUGGUGGGUGACCGUCUGGAGACUGACAUCCUGUUUGGGGCUAACUGUGGCCUGGACACCAUGCUCACCCUCACCGGAGUGUCCACUCUGGAGGAGGCGCAGGGCUACAAGGACAGUGAUGACCCUGAGCGGAAGGACUUUGUGCCAGAUUACGUGGUGGAGACCAUUGCCGAUUUCAUUUUAGCGUAUGAAGAGGAGGAAGGCUGAGGAGGACUCUAGAAAGAGCAGACCCCUGAAGCUGUGCCAGUGCUUAAGAGACCUGGGUCAUGUUCAUUAGAGCACGCAACCGAAAGCGUUUUAAACUGUUUUGCAACAGAAAGUGAAAAUUCCCUCCCUGUUUAAUUUGGUGCCUAAUGAACAUGACCCUGGAUAUAUCAGAAAAGGGAUUAGUUUGGUGGUGUUAUGCACAGUCAUUUGUAAAGCCUUUAUGAAGUCAGUGUGAUGUGUUAUAGCACUUGCCACAGGCAUGCUCUGCUUUUAAUGCCGAGAAUCUUUGUCAUGAUGCAAGUAAAGAUGUUGUGUGGCAUAACAUUUUGGAAAUGUUUUUGCAGUUUACAUGCUUAUGGCAAGUGAUAAUGACAUUGGCCAGGAUUCAAUCAGAGGUGCGUUGUAGACAAGCCCAUUUCACUACAGACAAUGGAGAUCGCAUUCACGAUAAACGCUGAAGAUGUCGACUCAAGUGGAAAUUAUAUUAAAAAUGUCAAGCGCUGUGGGCUUGUUUACAACACGUCUUUGAUUGAAUCCCGGUCAUUGUGUAGUAUUUUGGAAAGCUUUAUGAAUGGUGACAUGAGACCACCUGGAAAAUGAUAUACUGACACAAAUAAUACAGUGUGAGACACCCCAUCUGGUUGUAGUUCCUAGUGUUCAUUCUUUGGGAGAUUUAUUGGUGUAGUAGGAAUGUCUUUGGUUGUACUGUAGUAUGUCAUAGACGUCACCAUAUAAGCCCAAUAGACAACUUGUUCCUUGAGACCAUCCAGUGUUGAAAUGGAUCGGUAUCAAUCAAAGUGAAUCAUAACAUCCAAUGUCAAUGGACUGAAGUUGUAUAAACCCGCAGAACCAACUGUGCUGUUCCACAGUCAAAGCAUAAGAUAAUGUAAGCUGAAUGCUUCCCUUGCAGCACCUUCAUCUUUAGUAUACCAAACCAAAUGUUAUUUUUGGAGCCAACUGUCCAACAUUUAGCUCUGGAUAUAUUGAAAUCGGGCUAGAUAAUUGGUUUGAUGGAAAUAGGGAUAAAGACUUGGUUUGAUGUUGUCAAACCUUUGCUAAUAUGUGUGUCAGCAACCUCGCUGUAGUUUUGGAUCAUUUGGUUAAUGAAUCCUUGACUGUAACGAAACAUGACAUGGAAAUUAAUAAAAGUUCUCACUUCUCACCUUUCUAAAGAACAGAGCAUACGAGUGAUCCUGAAUUGAUCAUUUCCAACAAUGAAAUGUGUAGGACUGUACUUGGAUCUAAUUACCUUCAACUGAUCAAUUCUACAAGUAAUAAUAUUUGAAUAGAAGUGAUACUAAUGUUCAAUUAACUGAAAUGUGAAUUUGCAGUGGAAAAUAUUGUACAGUAGUUUGGUAUUUGAAAAUCAAAAAGGAACUAGUAUGUUCCUUAACCAUAACACUAUAGAAUGUUAAAAGUUGCUCAAAUGUUAGCUAUUAGGUAUAUUUGGGAACUGGAUCUUCAAUGUUUUCUUGGUUGUGUUUUUUAUCGACAGAUUGUUAUUAAUCUGAAGAAGGUUGUGUGGAUUUCAGUAAGGGUAAUAACAAUUAUUUUAAUUGAGGGUAUCACCAUUUUUUGUGUCUUUUUACUUAGCUAGAGAUUGUGCUGGAAUUUAAUUUAAAAACUUUAAAGACACAUUUUCAUACUGUAGAUAAAGUACCUAUUUCAAUGGAAUGCCAAGCUGUUUUGUGUGAACUUCAUAGACAUUCUGCAUAUCGUGAAUUAGGUUUGUACAUUACUUAAUGUAGUGCUCAUUUGCAUUUCGUUUUUUAAUUUAAACUCUUGCUUUGUAUCAUUUCUGUCAAACUUGUUCUCUACCAGGUUGUCUCCAAAUAUGUUAUGAUGGAGAAAGCCCUUGAGGUCAAAAUGUUCCUCAAUAUUUUCUUAAUACAUCAAGUCAGCAAAUUAAGUUUAGGCUGAAGUUGAAGCCGGUCAAGGCUAGACUGUGUAAUAACACACAAACUGGAAAUUACUAAUACACUCUCCUCCAUAUGUAUUUGGACAGUGAAGCAAAAAUAUUACAUUUGGCUCUAUACUCCAGCAUUUUAGAUUUGAGAUAGAAUGUAUCAUAUUAGGUGACAUUACAGAAUGUCAGCUUUUAUGAGGGUAUUUUCAUACAUACUGUAUCUGUUUUACCAUUUAGAACUUAAAGCAGCUUAUGUAUCUAGUUCCCCAAUUUGAAGAAGUCAUAAAUAUUUGGACAAAUUCACUUAGUGUAUUAACCCUUUACACUCGUGGGAAUUGGCCUAUAUGGAUAGGGCUAAAUUGAACUUUCUUACAGAAUAAAUAUAUAAAGCAUA